GAAAUAUCAAAAUAUGAACCUUCAGCAUGUCUUCACAUCACUGUUCUUUUGGUUGUUCUCAGUAUGUUCAGAGACUCGUGCACAGCGGAUCAUUGGGGGUCAGGAGGUCGAGAAAUAUUCAAUCAAAUAUCAGGCUUCAGUGCAAACAGAAACCAGGAGGCAUUACUGUGGAGGAACCUUGGUGGAUGCCCAGUGGGUGGUGUCUGCUGCACACUGCUGGAGGCCGAGCCAGUAUAUGAAGGUGGUGCUGAGUGAGCACAACCUGGAGGAAACGGAAGGCUUCGAGCAGGUCUUCAACGUGUCAAAGUUAUAUAUUUAUCCUUUUUACACCUACUGGAACUACAACAACGACAUCAUGCUCAUCAAGCUGAGUGAGCCAGCACAGCUGAACGCCAACGUCCAGCCAGUUACCCUGCCUGAUAGAAACACUCCUCCACUACGGGGGGAUGUCUGCACAGUAAGCGGCUGGGGCGUGACACAGGUGUACACUUCUGUGCUGUCCAAUGCUCUGCGGGCUGUGGAUGUGAGAGAAAUGUCUAACUGCAACAUGUACUACUGGGGCAGGAUCACUCCCAACAUGAUCUGUGCUGGAUCCAUGUUUGGUGGCAAAGAUGCCUGCCAGGGCGACUCCGGUGGUCCACUUGUCUGCAACGGCUGCCUUGAGGGCAUCGUGUCCUGGGGCAUCGGCUGUGCAAACGCUUUCUACCCAGGAGUCUACACCAAAGUGAGGCAGUACGUUGACUGGAUCAACUGGUACAUAAAUAAUGACGAGUAAACAAUUGUCUGUGUUCUCAUUUAUUUUGAAAAUCACUAA